UGUGUGUGUGUGUGUUUGUGUGUAUGUGUGUGCUUGUAUGUCUCUGUUUGCGCCCGACUAGCGUACGACCAUUUAAUUGCGUACGGCACUCCAAGCACAGAAGAGGUUGCGCCCAACAACCACCCAGAGACGCUUCCCGCAAUCCAGCCCAGUACUCGCCGUCUUGUGUGUAUGUGUGUGUGCCUUAGCUUUCGGUACGAGUGUGUAUGUGUGCGUGUCCAUCUUCAUCCGCUCGGCGCAACAACGCAAUCGACAGCAGGGAAAAAGCAACAACAAAAACGAUAAACCCUCAGCGGUUUUUUGAGAAAGUUUUGCUUGCUUUUUUGUACGAGACACCCGAACGAGCAGCGUUGGUUACAAACUCUUGGUCGUCGUCGUCCCUCCCUUUCCCCAGUGAGCACACUCGCCAGAAUCAUCCAAAGGGGAGUGCUGCAGAUCGUGCGUGCGUGCGCCUGUGUGUGUUUGUGUGUGUGUGUGUGCAAGAGUGCCUGUACAAAAUAAAACAACAACCAAUCAACACCCCCUAGCUGCUACGCGAUGUCGGACGAAGGCCAAGAUAAUGGAGCCAGCCGGAAUGGUUCGGUGCCCGAAAUAGAGCUGAUAAUUAAGGCAUCAACCAUCGAUGGCAGAAGAAAGGGAGCAUGUCUAUUUUGUCAAGAGUACUUCAUGGAUCUGUAUCUGCUGGCAGAGCUAAAGACGAUCAGCUUGAAGGUGACGACAGUGUGCAUGCAGAAACCUCCGCCAGAUUUUCGCACCAACUUUGAGGCCACACAUCCGCCUAUUCUCAUAGACAAUGGGCUUGCCAUACUGGAGAACGAGAAGAUCGAGCGGCACAUCAUGAAAUCGGUGCCCGGUGGAUACAAUCUUUUCGUGCAGGACAAAGAGGUGGCCACGCUGAUAGAAAAUCUGUACUCGAAGCUAAAGCUGAUGCUGGUGAAAAAGGACGAGAACAAGAACAACGCACUGCUGGUGCAUCUGCAAAAGAUCAACGAUCAUCUGGCGGCCCGCGGCACCCGUUUCCUCACCGGCGACACGAUGUGCUGCUUCGACUGUGAGCUGAUGCCGCGCCUGCAGCACAUCAGAGUGGCCGGCAAAUACUUCGUCGACUUCGAUAUACCAAAACAUUUAACGGCGUUGUGGCGGUACAUGUACCAUAUGUAUCAGCUAGACGCGUUCACGCAGUCCUGUCCAGCCGAUCAGGAUAUCAUCAACCAUUACAAACUGCAGCAGGCAAAAGGUGACAUUAAGAUGCUGAAAAUGAAAAAGCACGAAGAGCUGGAGACGCCAACCUUCACCACAUCGAUUCCCGUUGAUUUGAAUGAGCAGUAAUUGCGCCACGAUUUAGGUUGGAGCGCGCUACACACGGCGGUGAAAAAACAGCAACAGUGAAAACGAAAAAAAAAAUCCAUGCAACAAUAUAAAAAACAAAACACCACACAAAAUUGAAACAGUAGAGAAGAGGAUAGGCAUUACGAAUAGUUUUAGACGAAUGAUUCCAAAGUCUACUAUCUACCAGCAAGAUGCACUGGUUUGGGCAUCGAUUUUGAAUCACGUCCAGCGGGAGAGGAACACAAUCAACACACACUGAACCACCACAACUUCUUUCCGCUUCGAUUACGCUAAUUGUUUUUGUCCUUCUUGAGUGAUCUUAUCACUUAAAGUCGCUUUUUAGAAGGAUUUUUUUUUGUUUCGAUGUAUCGUGUACAGCUUGUGAAACUUGUACUUGUUCGAGGUGGGACCAGGCGGGUCCGGCUUAUCUAUUUUCUACAUUCGUAAUAAAAUCAUCUGCCUUGCAAACAAUAUAGAACUUCCAGUGUAAGCUAGAACUUCCAUGGGAUCAUGCGUGAAAAGGGAAUCAAGCAUGAAUUUUAGUCCGUUUUACAAAUGUACUUCACGCGUGCAAAAUAUAAUAGGUAGCAAUCAAAAUGUUCGAUGUGUGGGGCGGUUGUGUGUGGGCUGGUUUUUUUUUGUUUUAAGCUGCACACAACUUAACGUGUGGCAUAUCCAGCCAAGUACCAGCAGUAAACACAACCCACCCACCACACCGCACCGUGCAGCGAUGAAUUAUACUAUGCAACAUGUAUGCGAUAUCAAAAUUAGACUAGAAAAAGGACCCCGAAGCAAAAGAAAGCAAACAGCAACUUGAUGGAAACUGAGGAAAAAAAUGCCAACAACGAAACGACCAGUUUUUUUUCUACAUUUGCAUGUAAGCAAAACAAAACAAAUCAAACAAAACAGGAGGAGAGGAGAGAGCAAUCAAAGCAGCAAGUAAGCAUGAACUUCACAGGUGAUAGUUGUAAAAGGGGGUUGAAUUUUGAAUUAAUAUAUGUAGGCUUUUACACCACUAUUUAGGGUUUUUGCAUGUUAAGUUUUACUUACCGAUCCCACUUUGUCGAAGGCAUUUCAGUUGUCCUUCACACUCCUAUCUGCUGCCUUAUAAUUUUUUUUUUAUAUCGAUAAGCAUAAAAUAAAGACAACCGACAUGAGUCCCAAAUGAUGCGAAAAAAGAUGGAGAGAUAGAGAGCGGGUGUGGAAGAACAAAGGGCUGGUGUAAGCAGUAGGUGUUAGUAUUCUGGCUAAAGCAAUAGGAAGAAUAUUUGCCACGGUUUGUUUUUUUUUUAUUGUGAGAAAAGAAUGCCCCCGCGUGAUGAAGUAUCGGUGAGCGGUUGUACGGAAACAUGUGCGCCAGGUGACUAGACAGCUGUUUUUCUUCAUUUUAACGAUACGUUUAUCUCCCCCCCCCCUCUCCUCGCUUUUGAUUAUUGGCACUUCAAAAUAUCUUAAAGAAAUAAAAGAAUGAACAUAUACAAUGUGAA